GUGGAGCGCGACACUGCGCAGCGUUUUACACGCCCCGCUCAGGAUGGCGGCGAGAGUUUGCGUGACGGCUUUCCUUCCCUCUCCCUCCCGGUCUCUAUGGUUCCUUCCGUGAGGGCUUUUUCUUUUCCCCUUCUCUGACCUUUCAUCUAUCUAUGGUCUCUUUCCCGACCGAGAAAGCUCUUAAGCCUUUCUAGGGCGCAUGCGUCGCAGCGGCGCUUCCCAGUGAACCUCAGCGGGGCUGUCCACGGGUCGCGGUGCAUGUUGGGAGACCGGGGUUUCUGCUCCUGUUUCCUCUCUGGGGGGUCUGGGCUGAGGAGGCUGCGGCUGCAGAGAUGGACGUCUUUCUGAUGAUCCGACGUCACAAGACUACCAUCUUCACAGACGCCAAGGAGUCCAGUACAGUGUAUGAGCUGAAAAGAAUUGUUGAGGGGAUUCUGAAGAGACCCCCAGAAGAACAGAAGCUAUAUAAGGACGACCAGCUGCUGGAUGACAGCAAAACUCUUGGAGACUGUGGCUUCACCAGCCAGACAGCGCGGCCCCAAGCCCCAGCAACAGUUGGCUUGGCUUUCAGAACCAGCGAAGAUGCUUUUGAACCCCUCCGUAUUGAUCCCUUCUCCAGCCCACCUGAACUCCCAGACGUGAUGAAGCCCCAGGACUCCAGCAGUAGCGCAAAUGAACAAGCAGUGCAGUGAGAGCCAGAUGACAGCGGAGUGAGCUGCACAACCCAUGGCACCCCUUCUUCCCCCUCAUCUUUAUUCAAUCUUCCAGUGUGGAGAGAGACAUGGCACUAGCCCUUCCCCCUGCCAGUCCAGGAUCCCCAUUGCCCCUCUCUAAGCAAGGCCACACACCCUUCCAAGACCCUCCCCACUCUAACAGAGCUCAGUUUUCACUUUGGUUUUGAAAACAAUAAAGGUUUGGCUUGUUUUUCCCCC